AUGCUACGACUGCUUGUACUGGCCGGCGUGGCGCUCAUCGCCUACCAGCUCGUUGACUGGACUAUAUCGUUCCGGCGCAAUCUGAGAAAGGCGCAGCAAAGCGGUCUGCCAUAUAUCCAAGUCCCAGUCUUCUGGUUGCAUCCAGUAUGGCUUACAAGCCACCGCAUGCUGCUCCCGUUUCUGGCCAAACUUCCACGAACCUGGACACAAUGGGUUGACUUUUGUCUACCGGACAUCGGCUAUGGAUACCGUUACGAGGUCUUCGAGCGGGUCGGGCAUGAAACUUUCCUCACCGUGUCACCGGGCGGUCUCAGCAUGUAUACAUGCGAGCCCGCCGUUAUCUCGCAGAUCACCACUAGGCGGAACGAUUUCCCUAAGCCAACCAAAAUCUAUCGGUCGGUCAAUGUAUACGGUCGGAAUGUUGUAUCGGCCGAGGGGAGCCAUUGGCGCCAGCACCGAAAAGCAAUCAGUCCACCGUUCACCGAGAAAAACAACCACCUUGUCUGGCAGGAAACAAUCGACCAGGCCACGUCCAUGCUAAACUCGUGGCUCGGCCCGGACAUGAAGGGAAACAGGACGGUGAACAGAGUGGCGGAUGACGCCAUGCGCCUCAGCUUGCAUGUCAUUAGCAGAGCUGGAUUUGGAAGGAAGCUGCAGUGGCCUGAAAAGGAUGCUCAUGUCAAAGUUGACAGCAGCUACGACGAUCCAUCAAAGAUCCAGAACGAGGAAGAGGCAGCGGAUGAAGGCCAUUCCAUGAGUUACACCUACGCCAUUCACUGUCUGCUGGAUAAUAUCUUAUUCCAGUUCCUUUUCCCACGAUCAAUCAUGAAGUACGCUCCCGUCAGCCGACUGAACAAGGCGAACGAGGCGUACCAGGAAUGGGGUAACUACAUGAAAGAGGCGGUAGAGAAGAAGAGAACCGACAUGCAGAUCGGCAAAGAUACCAAGGAGGAAUGUAUGGACAUCUUGGGCCAGUUGGUGAAGAGCCAGGAGCAAUCCAAGGACGAUCAGAGUACUCAAUUGGAGGACUCAGAGAUGCUGGGCAAUAUGUUCGUCCUCAUAUUGGCGGGACACGAGACAGCUGCCAACUCGAUUCAUUUCUCUAUGGUGUAUUUGGCGCUACAUCCGCAAAGCCAACGCCUGCUCCAGAGGGACCUAGAUCAGAUCUUUGAGGGUAAGCCCCCGACUGAAUGGGAUUACGAUCGAGACUUGCCACAGCUCUUCGGUAGUAUGGUUGGCGCGGUGCUCAACGAAGAGCUUCGACUCGUGCCUCCAGUAACAGCUAUACCCAAAUCAACUUGGGGAGUUACAGAUCAGCAAUUGACGGUAGAGGGAGAGUCCAAAACUGUACCCGGUGGAACAUUCAUUGGGCUGGUCACCAUAGCUGCCCACAGGAAUCCGAAUCACUGGCCCAAAGGAAGACCGUCUUAUCCCGGUGGUAGGCCAGUGCACCCCAUAGCCAACUUGGAUAAUGAUCUGGAGGAGUUCAGGCCUGAGCGGUGGCUGUUAGCCGAGGAAGGGCCAUCUGAUGACCGAACGGGGCCCGCCAGUACAGGUCACAGCAAGGAAGAGAUGCCAACUGAGACAUCCAGAGGUGGCGAUCUCAAUAUCAACGAGUCUGCAGACACUUCCGAGAGGUUGUACAAGCCCUCCAAGGGCGCCUAUCUACCUUUUAGCGAAGGCUAUCGGUCAUGCAUUGGGCGGCGGUUCGCACAGGUGGAAGUGCUGGCUGCGCUGGCUGUAAUCUUCCAAAACUACUCUGUGGAGCUUGCGGUGGACAAGUACGCUACCGAUGAGCAAGUGAUCAAGAUGGACGUCGAUGCGAGGGUAGAGGUGUGGCAUAAGGCGGCAGAGGAUGCCAGAGAGCUGUUGUUGAACGGUCUCGGCGUAAUCAUCAGCUUACAGAUGCGGAAGGGGCAUGUCCCUGUACGGCUGAUCCCGAGAGGGCAGGAAAAAUUCCCCGUCGACGCUGAUGAGAAGUGGAAGCGGAAGCACCCCGAGAAGUGUACGACAAAAGGCCACCCCGGAUGGCGGACGUGGGACGGCAGACAGGGCUACCAUAUGAACGCUGUGCGAUCGUGA